GAAAUCUUGACUCCACCAUCACACUCAUUGUGGCGACGACGCGACAAUGGGAAUCGCGGACGACCAACUAUGGCCCGCUAAGGCCAUGUACGGCAUCAACAACUUUGCGCUCAGCACGGUCCUGAACUUCCUCCCUGUCUUCUUCAACUCGUACUUCGAUAAGCUCCAAAUCGGGAUCCUCGCCGCGAUUCCAUGUGUGUGUUCGGUGGUGGCGCCGCCGCUGUGGGGUGCACUGGCAGACAUCUUGCACCAACAGCGAUGGGUGCAUGUCUUUUGCAUCUUGUCUGGGACGAUCUUGAUGUUCCUGAUCGAGUUCUCCGUAUCCAACUUUUACGUGACGUGCUCUGUCGUGUUCUUGGCCAACUUCCAAACGAAUCCCACGGGCUCCCUCCUCGAUCAAGCCGUCAUGGCCCUCCUGCAUCGCGUCGGCGGGGAGUACGGAAAGCAGAGACUCUUUGGUGCAGUCGGGUGGGGUGUCGGAGCCUUCCUAACUGGCCUUGUUGUCAACACGUAUGGAAUUACAUGGGCGUUCAAUCUCCACUUGAUCUUUUGCGUGCCGACACUGUACGUGCUGAGCUUGAUUCCUGCCGCCGACCCGAAAGAUUCGAGCGAAGGGCACACAGCGUCGCUCUCGUUUUGGGAAGGCUUGCGACGCAUCGGGCGGAAGGCCGACGUGGUUCUCCUCCUUGUUGUGGUGUUGCUCAUCGGGCUCAUGUUUGGCGUCGUAUCGUCCUUCCUCACGCUCAAUCUGUACGAACUCUCGAACCACUCGACCACAAUCGUCGGAAUGGCGAUUUGGCUUGAAACGUUGUCGGAACUCCCUGCAUUUUACUUUGCCGACGCCGUCAUCAAGCGGCUGGGCAUCCUGAACGUGCUGCUCGUGUCCAUCCUCGGGUACGGCGUACGCAUCACGUACUAUGCGGUCAUGACGAACGCGUGGAGCGCGCUGCCGUUUGAACUCUUGCAUGGUGUGACUUUUUCGCUAGCGUGGGCGGCGUGCACGCAGUACAUCUACGACGCAGCUCCCCCCGGCACCGAAGGCACGAUGAUGGGCCUCCUCAACGCAGUCCUGAAUGGCCUCGGCCGGGGCACUGGUACCCUCCUGGGGGGUUAUUUGUACGAGCAUUACGACGCGAGCUCCAUGUGGUUUGCCACAGACCUCGGCGUCCCUGUUGCCCUCGUUGGGCUCUACCUGUUCUCUCGAUCCAUGAACAAGUCGGCGCUUCCCACGACCGCUGUGCCAAAAAUUGAGUAGAUAAACCAACAGAUACAGCGUCCACUAUAUUGAGCGACUUGCGCCA